UCCCUUCCUUGUUUUCCUCCCACUAUAAAGCCUAAGAAGAUCAUCACAGCAUGGGCGCCUAUCACUCUUUCGUUCCUCGCAAUGCUCAAAAUAAUAUUCAGAGACAGCCUCACCGUCAAACCCAAACCUACAGCCUACAAGGAUCCUUACGUCGGUGAUCACAACUUGGGGUCCCUCGAACGCGAGUAUCAAGGCAGAGAGGCCAUCCAACACGUCUUGUAUCUCCUCAAUCCUGUAUCUGAGCUGAACAGGCUCACCGUAGACGCCCUGUGCAAUUUACAGCAAAUGCUCUGGACAAAAUCAAGAGCAUUGCAAAAGAAGUACAAGAUAGAAACAUAUGAAACGCUUCGAACAAGACUUGACAAGGACCAGGAUUUCCGGGAUGCCUACAACCUUGCGAUGUUGAGAAUGAACGAGCAGGGGCACAAGUUUACUGGUGAUGCUGCAGAUGAAUUUGUGCUUCUGUGCGUGAAGCUGUUCAGGAUCAACACUGCCAGGACAAUACCAUCAGACUCAAAUCAGUCCAUUCCACUACUUGAUAAUAAUCGAUCAAAUUCACAAUAACACAGCCGAAGUCAGUCCAUUGUUGUGAAGGGACUGGCUUGGGUGCGAUACCAUCUUUUAAGAAGUGGUUGGACGAUCUCGGUACAGGAACGAGUAGAAAAUUGGUCAAAAACGUAAUAAAUAUGGCGCUAGUCUACAGUAAAGAUGCGACUGGGAAAAUAAUGUGUGAGCUAAGGUUUAACACGAGCAAUGAGAACAUGCUUUAC